AUGAGCGCAAGUUUUCAUGAAGAUGAAUAUAGCAGUGUGUCAUGGGACACACAGGCAACAGACAUCCUUCAACCCAAAAGUUUCCUAGCCGAAAGUGAUGACAUAGCUGAUGAUACUGAGCAAUCGACCUAUACUAAUGCCAUUACCGACACCAUGUACACAAGCUUCACGGCGUCAGCACCGAGUCUGGCAAAACAUACAUCACCGUUGACUUCCACGACCGUAGCUUAUCCGAUGACAAUCACAGUUACUGAUCCAUUAAACGAACUUGAUGGAACAAGAGAUACUUUUGUUUCGUACCUUAUAACGACCAACACAACGCUGGAAACGUUUGAGAAACCAACUGUUAGUGUUCGCCGACGAUUUCAAGAUUUCGUAUUGCUCUACAAUACAUUAACCCGGGAUUUCCCUGCGUGCGUAGUGCCACCAUUACCCGAUAAGCAUCGUUUAGAAUACAUCACUGGAGAUCGCUUUAGCGCCGAAUUUAAAGAAAAAAAGGAGAGCAAGAGACUAUUGAGCCGAUUGGCCAGACACCCUACACUUCAAAAGAGUGAAUACUUUAGAAUAUUUUUAGAGUCACGUGAAUGGAACGCUGAAUCGCUCUAUCGUCGGGGGAAAACUUCAGACGGAGUACUUGAUAAUCUGGGUGAUGUCUUGAUGAAUGCCUUUGUCAAGAUUAAAAAGCCCGAUGGGCGAUUCACAGAGAUUAAAGAGAAUGUCGAUAAGCUGGAAGAGAACUUACAGACUAUCGAAAGAUUAUACCAGAGGAUUGUAAAAAGACAAGCGGAUCUCGAAGCUGAUUAUGAAGACUUUGGUAAUAGUGUUGUUGGUCUUAGUCAACUGGAAACGGGUAUCGCCGAACCUCUGGACAAGUUCUCUAACGUUCUUUCAAAGUUUUCUGUUGCACUGAAGCACUUGAGAAUGGGAGAAGAACAAGAAUAUUUGAAUCAGAUCAGAGAUUUUCUAAGUUACUGUCAUUGCGUCAAGAAUGUAUUAAAGUUACGUGAUCAGAAACAAGUCGAUUUUGAGGAUUUGUCCGAUCAUCUGCAACAGGCCACUACCGAACGAGAAGUUCUCGUAAACACUGGAAAGGGUGGAACUGGUAUUGGAUCGUUUUUGAGAGAGACCGUUGACAAUAUCAAGGGUAUUGAUGCUGAGAGAGCUAAGCAAGAAAGAUUGGUUAAACUCGAAUCACGAAUUGAUGAGCUAAGUCGUGAAGUUGACAGUAGCCAUGAUGAAUCUAAUGGCUUCUCAGAAGAAGUGGUCAAGGAAUAUGAAAUAUUUUCGCAAGCAAAGGCCGAUGAAAUGAAGGAAUACCUGCUAGCCUAUACUGAUAGUCAUGUUGAAUUCUUCAAAGAGGGGAAGGACAUGUGGGAAUCUCUCAUUCCCAUCUUAGAGUCAAUUCGUGUUCAUGUGUAA